CUGGAACGCUGUGUCCCUUUUGUGCACCUACCUAUUCUAAAUGUUCCCUUCUAAUGUAUUUAGAUGGGUAAAACAUCAGUGUGUUAUUGUCGUUUUUAUACCUGAAAGGUAAAUUUUAAUUUUGCUCUCCCCAAACUGGAAAAUAUUUAAGAGUGGUAGUCAGUAUAAGCACCUAAGCCAAGCAGUAAACUUGUGAGUUCGUUAAAAUUCUAUUUGUAAUUUGAAAAUGAAGGCUUCUAGAGAAAUGAGAAAAUCUCUUAACAUACGUAAGUCGAGACCAAAAAAGCGAAAAAAUGUUUUUAAUCCAAAAACAACCGAAACGGAUGAAAGUAGUUUCAGUGCCUCGGCAAAAAAAUUUAGAGAACAAGAGGAAAUCUCAGUUCCGCGUGAUCCGUCUGUUGAGUAUCGCAUUUUAAAUUUUAUAACAGUGUUUGCAGCAAUUUCUGAAUAUGUGAAAUGUCAAACUGCUUCUGGACGAGGACUUGGUUUUAAAAUUGUUUUACUGUGUGAUAAGUGUGCAGAUCGUAACAUAAAUUCUAGUCCUUUUGUCGCGCACUCUUAUGAAAUAAAUCGACGAUUUUUAUCUGUCAUGAGAGUCCUCGGAUUAGGGUUAAAAGGUGCAGCAAAAUUUUGUGGAUUAAGGAAUUAUAUUAUAUGAAGGCAAUAGGAAUCACACUUGGACCCAAUGCGCAUUCAUAUGCUGAAAAAGAAGAUGAGCAGCGCGUGACCAUUUCCGAUAUCAGAGCGCGUGAGAGCACCCGAGAUGGAAGAAUGGCUCGCAGACAACAUCAGCUCGAGUUAUUAGAAGCUGCCGAAGCGACGGAGGGUUUAUUAUAUGGUCCUGGAAUAUACGACUCCAUAGUCACGAUGCUGGUCAACUUUAAUAAUAUCAACAUUCCCGAAUUUAUGGACUCCAAAUUUUUUGAAGCUGCGUUUAAGGUUGGUUUUAAUGGAAAAGUCCUUGAACUAAAGAACGUCUUAUUCACAAUGGGGCCUAAACCAGGUGAAAAUUACAUUGGCCAUAUUUAUAGAGCUGAUGCAACCUAUAACGAUGGAGGCUCAGAUGACAAAAAAAUAUCCCUCAUAAUUAAAGUUCAACCGAGUGGCCCACUCGGGGAACAUUUUGGGGAGAUGGGAUUGUUCACUCGAGAACGCGAUAUUUACGUGCAUGCUUUACCGGAAAUAGAACGCCUCCUUGAUGGUGAAGCUCUCGCUCCAAGAUUUCUAUAUUAUACACCGGCGCCAGUUGAAACUUUUGUCUUCGUGGACGUUACAUCUCUGGGGUAUAUCCUUGCCGAUCGCGUUAAAGGUUUAGAUGAGGAACACUGUGGAUUAGUCUUCGAGAAAUUGGCUAAAUUUCAUGCAGCUUCAAAGGUUCUCGCCAGGGAGCAACCCGAAGUAUUCCGGAUCUUCAGCAAAGACCUUCUUGUCAACAGUAUUAAAGAUCAAAACAUGGUGGAAGAAAGUUUUAUAAAACCUUUCGAGCAUUUGGCCAAAGUAGUAGAGACAUGGCCAGGAUUCAAAGAAACCGCAGAAAAACUUUGCCGAUUCAUCUCGAUAAUUCCACAAAAUUUGCCCAAAUGGUUCGGCCCUGCCAAAAAGGAGACGAAAGUCCUUGCUCACAAUGAUCUCUGGGCGAAUAAUAUUUUAUUUAAAUAUGAAAAUGGGAAACCGAUCGAUCUUUAUUUUAUUGAUUUCCAGGGUUCAGUGUAUUCAAGUCCCGGUCUCGAUUUUUCACAUUUCUUGUAUACGAACCCCCAGUUUGAUGUUUUGGACCAAAAACGAGAUUUGCUGAUCGAAGCGUGUUACUACAAAACUUUCAAGUCAACCUUAGAAAAUUUAGGAUACAGUCCCAUUCCCACUUUGGAGAAUAUUUUGGAAGAAAUUGCGAAACGAGAAACGGUUGGUUUUGUCUGGGCAGUAGUGAAGCUGUUCCUUGUCUGCAUGGAUCCAAGUGAAUGUGGAGAAAACAGUUUAGAAAAUUUGACUGACAAAGACAAAGGGGACAGAAUCCGUGAAAUAGGAAUGUCUUCAAAAAGAUUUGUGACCACUAUUCAAUAUGUUUUGAGAAGAAUGGAGAAAAUUGGAGUUUUAAAAUAAAUGAAGCACUCAAACGAAAUAAAUACCAAAUUUUAUAUUUAUUU